AUGUAUUGCCCUAUUCCAAAUGGUCAUUGGUAUGGACCAAAUAAUCAAUCAAUUAUAGCUAAUACAAAUAAAUAUGAAAUAAAAUAUUCAUUUGAUAAUGUACAAUUAAUUAUUGAUCAUUUAACAUUUUUCGAUGAAGGAGAAUAUAUUUGUCAAAAUAAUCAAACAAAUCAUAUUAUUAAAAGCUAUCAUUUAAAAUUGGGUACAAUAAAAAAUGUUCUUCAACUAUUUUUUAUUUUAAUCUUUUCUAUACUUAUAUUCAUUCCAAUAUUUUGGUUUUUAGGUAAAAAAUAUUCUGGUAUUAAUCAAUAA